AUGAUUGACCAAGAUUCAAAGCAUAUUUUGAUAUGUAUAUCAGGAAUGAUAUCUGAGGAGGAAAAUGACAAGAGAGAGUGGAGAUACUUUAGUUAAAUGGCUGAAUAGAUUUACUAUCUCAAGACUAAAAAAGUAGCUAAAAUUUAAGGAAGAUUGCUAGCUUACACUUUAGCUUUGAGAUAUCCAUUUAAACUCAAUACUAUUUCAAUUGUUUGCUUCUCAUUGGGUUCUCAAUUGACUAAGUAGUGUAUUAAAACACUUCAUAGAUUAAAUCUGCAUGAUAUCAUUCACAAUGUUACUUUUAUUGCGGGUGCCACUAAUAUAAGUCAUGUAAGGAAAACAGAUCAAAGUGAAUCGAUGGAUAUGAUCAUAGCAAAAACUGUGAGUGGAACAGUUAAAAAUAUCCAUAAUAGCAAGGAUUUGGUUCUACUCUGGGCUACCUAUAUAUUUACUCCUAAGAGUUUGAUUGGCACUGUAAAUACCCUAGUUUAGCAUAACAGAAAUCUAUGGUCUCAUGAAAUUAGGAAUAUGCUAUAAGGCAACGAAGAAAGAGUUUCUUUAAAGGCAAUAGAAGAUGAACAUCUCUAUAGAUUUGAGAAUUAUGAUUUAACAGACUAUGUGAUUGACCUGACAUAUUGGGAUAAAGAGAAUAAUGAAAUGCACUUGGGACAUUUCUUCUAUAGAAAGAAAUUUGAUCGUUUAAUAGAGAGAGUAAAUUUCAGGUUGUGA